CUGACGCUAGCUAAUCAUCUCAAGAGCUUUGACAAACUCACUUCAGUCCUGUGUAAAAUCAGAGCUUCAACGCCCAGGCGGCUCUUUUUGCCCCUCCCCUCAGCUUCGUGCAGGCUUCCUCACAUGCAAACUUCUCAGAGGCAGGAAAUACUUUGCAGGCAAUCUGGGCCUGGUUGUGGAGGCCCCUCUCGCAAAACAUCAGUCUGCAUUUAGAAGACAGAAGUCACUAGGAACGCCUUGACAGGAUCUGGCUUUAGCGGAGGCUCCCUCCAGCUGCAGAGGGUGUUUUUGUUAGACUCACACACUGCGUAAGGAGAACUGCUCAGAAUAGAGCAGUGACCUCAGCCACGAAAUGUGAACUUAGAUUCUGUGGACGCUAACAGGACGGACUCCUCUCUUACCCUGGCUGAAACAGCAUCAUGCCUUGGCAGCACAGAAACUCUUGGUCCAGGCAACAAAAUGGCAGGACACACUCUCUUCCUUGAUCCAUGAAUUCAAAAUCACCUUUGGUCAAUUUCCAUCCCAGGUGAGCGUCAUACGGAAUGCAUCUCCUUGUCUGUUGUUAAGCUAUGGCGACAUGUCUGUAGCUAUCAGAAAAAGGAGCUGGGAAGAGCAUGUGACCCAACAGACUGGACAGCCUUUUAAUUCUGAUGAGUAUGACAUAGCAUGUCACCACGGACUGGCCUCCGACAGCUUGCAGGCAAGUAUGGAAAAAGAUGCAACCUUAAAUGUGGACCAGAAAGAGAAGUGUGCCUCUCUACCAGACUGCUGUUGUGGGCCAGAGCCUAGAGACUUUCCUGGGGGGCCAAUGGGCCACAUUUCACAGGAGGUGGAUGAAAGUGGCAGCCAGGAAGGAGACGAGCAGUUUCUGUCUCUGGAAGCCAGCACAGAGACACUGGUGCACAUUUCUGAUGAGGAUACUGAUUCUGAUCUCCACCUCACCAAUGAUGCACAGAUUUCAACUCCCCAAAGACACGAAAGAGACCGUCAACGUAGUGUCGAAGGAGCAGGCUCCUUCAUGAAGGCAUUGUCCAUCAGGCAAAGUAACCAAGACUCAUAUAACUCCUGGAGGAAGGCUGAUGAAGCCAAUGUCUCUACAGCAGAAGAAAGAGGGAACAGGCAAGGUGUUGGUGCUGUAAGUAAAAGCCUGGAGCUUUGUAAGGAUAUAAGUUCAGAUGAAACAAAAGAUGUGCCCCAAGUCAAGACAUUCGGUUCUUUGAACGUGGAAGAUACUGCACCCGAGACACAACUGCUUAAUUCUGCGGUAAUCGCUCGACAGCGAAGGAAACCAGACUUCUCUAAAGAGGAACAGGAAAAAACGUGCCACCCUGUAGUAGAAGAAGAGUUCUUGGCUGCUCCUGGUGCCGACGGAGGGCUGCCAUUAUUGAAAGCAGAUUUCGGAAGCUGCCUUCUGCAGCCGCCUUCCUGCCCCGGUGGAAUGUCAGCAGAAAAUGACCUGGAGAAGACUGGGUUCUCAGAACAUCAAAACAACAGCCCUCUCAAGGUCAACACAGACCAUGGCAUGCAGUGUUUACACUCAAGGGGCCCAGUGACCACCCAGGAGACCGUAGACAAUCAGGUCAGACUGCGCAAGAGAAAGGAAACAAGGGAAGAUCAAGACAGGACUCGGCUGGACUCCAUGGUGCUGCUAAUUAUGAAACUGGACCAACUAGACCAAGACAUCGAGAACGCGCUCAGCACGGCCUCGUCCCCAUCCAGCACCCCAACGAACCUACGGCGGCACGUCCCUGAUCUAGAAUCAGGAUCCGAAAGUGGAACAGAUAGUAUCUCAGUAAAUCAGACACAGGUGACUCUGUCUUCUAACCCUGAUUCCACCAAUCCAUCAUCCACUCCAGGGAGCAAUUCUGGAACCAAACCCAAGGCCAUGGCUGUCCCAUGUGUUGGAGAAAAGGAAAUGGCUGAAAUUGAAGCCAAGGAAGCGUGCGAUUGGCUGCGGAUAACUGGAUUUCCCCAGUAUGCACAGCUCUAUGAAGAUCUCCUGUUCCCUAUUGAUAUUUCUCUGGUCAAGAGAGAACAUGACUUCUUGGACAGAGAUGCCAUCGAGGCUCUAUGCAGGCGACUAAACACUUUAAACAAGUGCGCAGUGAUGAAGCUGGAGAUCAGUCCUCACCGGAAGCGAAGCGAGGAUUCGGAUGAAGAUGAGCCUUGUGCAAUCAGCGGCAAGUGGACUUUCCAGAGGGACAGUAAGAGGUGGUCCCGCCUUGAGGAGUUCGACGUCUUCUCUCCAAAGCAGGAGCCAAUCCCUGGGUCCCCAGACGACUCUCGCUUGCAGAGCGCCACGAGCCGUGAAAGCAUGCUGACGGACCUCAGCGAGCGCCAGGAGGUGUCCUCUGUCCGAAGCCUCAGCAGCACCAGCAGUGUCCCCACCCAUGGGCCCCACAGCGGGGAUGCAGUGACACCCCGAACGAAUUCCGUCAUCAGCGUCUGCUCCUCCUCCGGCCACGGCCACUUCGUAGGCCAUGAUGACUCCUUCUCCAGCCUGCCUUCCCCCAAGGAACUGUCCAGCUUCAGCUUUAGCAUGAAAGGCCACGAGAAACACACCAAGUCUAAGACGCGGAGCCUGCUGAAGCGGAUGGAAAGCUUGAAGCUCAAGGGUUCCCACCACGGCAAGCACAAGACGCCUUCCAAGCUGGGCUUGAUCAUCAGUGCUCCCAUUCUGCAGGAGGGGAUGGAUGAGGAGAAGCUGAAGCAGCUGAACUGCGUGGAGAUCUCGGCCCUCCACGGCAACCACAUCAACGUGCCCCUGGUACGGAAAAGGAGCGUGUCCAACUCCACGCAGACCAGCAGCAGCAGCAGCCAGUCAGAGACCAGCAGUGCGGUCAGCACACCGAGCCCGGUCACCAGGACCCGGAGCCUCAGCACCUGUAACAAGCGAGUGGGCAUGUAUCUAGAGGGCUUCGACCCUUUCAGUCAGUCCACCUUGAAUAACGUGACGGAGCGGAACUAUAAGAACCGUGAGAGCUACCCAGAGGACACGGUGUUCUACAUUCCGGAGGAUCACAAGCCCGGCACCUUCCCCAAGGCCCUCUCCAAUGGCAGUUUCUGUACCUCGGGGAACAGUUCUGUGAACUGGAGGACCGGGAGCUUCCACGGCCCCGGCCACCUCAGCCUACGGAGGGAAAACAGCAGCGACAGCCCUAAGGAACUGAAGAGGCGCAAUUCCUCCAGCUCGGUGAGCAGCCGCCUGAGCAUCUAUGACAACGUGCCGGGCUCCAUCCUGUAUUCCAGCUCGGGGGACCUGGCCGACCUGGAGAACGAGGACAUCUUCCCUGAGCUGGAUGACAUUCUCUACCACGUGAAGGGGAUGCAGAGGAUAGUCAACCAGUGGUCGGAGAAGUUUUCCGAUGAGGGGGACUCCGACUCAGCCCUGGACUCUGUGUCUCCUUGCCCGUCGUCUCCAAAGCAGAUACACCUGGACGUGGACCAUGACCGAAGGACACCCAGCGACCUGGAUAGCACGGGCAACUCCCUCAAUGAGCCUGAAGAGCCCACUGAUAUCCCAGAGAGAAGGGACUCUGGGGUGGGGGCAUCCCUGACCAGGUGCAAGAGGCACAGGCUGAGAUGGCACAGCUUCCAGAGCUCUCACCGGCCAAGCCUAAACUCUGUAUCUCUGCAGAUCAACUGUCAGUCUGUGGCCCAGAUGAACCUGCUGCAGAAAUACUCCCUUCUGAAACUGACGGCCCUGCUGGAAAAAUACACGCCUUCCAACAAGCAUGGUUUCAGUUGGGCUGUGCCCAAGUUCAUGAAAAGGAUCAAGGUUCCAGACUACAAGGACCGGAGUGUGUUUGGGGUCCCGCUGACUGUGAACGUGCAGCGCUCCGGACAGCCCCUGCCUCAGAGCAUCCAGCAGGCCAUGCGCUACCUCCGGAACCAUUGUCUGGACCAGGUUGGGCUCUUCAGAAAGUCGGGCGUCAAAUCCAGGAUUCAGGCUCUACGCCAGAUGAACGAAAGUGCAGAAGAUUAUGUCAACUAUGAAGGCCAGUCCGCUUACGAUGUGGCAGACAUGUUAAAGCAGUAUUUUCGAGAUCUUCCUGAGCCCCUCAUGACGAACAAACUCUCGGAAACCUUCCUACAGAUCUACCAGUAUGUGCCCAAGGACCAGCGCCUCCAAGCUAUCAAGGCAGCCAUUAUGCUCCUGCCUGACGAGAACCGGGAGGUUCUCCAGACGCUUCUCUACUUCUUGAGCGAUGUCACGGCGGCUGUGAAGGAAAACCAGAUGACUCCCACCAACCUGGCUGUGUGCUUAGCUCCUUCUCUUUUCCACCUCAACACCCUGAAGAGAGAGAAUUCUUCCCCAAGGGUAAUGCAAAGAAAACAGAGUUUGGGCAAACCGGACCAGAAAGAUCUGAAUGAAAACCUAGCUGCCACUCAAGGGCUGGCCCACAUGAUUGCUGAGUGCAAGAAGCUCUUCCAGGUUCCCGAGGAAAUGAGCCGAUGUCGCAACUCUUACACUGAGCAAGAGCUGAAGCCCCUCACACUGGAGGCCCUGGGACACCUGAGUAACAACGAUCAGCCUGCUGACUACACACACUUCCUCCAGGACUGUGUGGAUGGCCUGUUUAAGGAGGUCAAAGAGAAGUUCAAAGGCUGGGUCAGCUACCCUACCUCUGAACAGGCGGAGCUGUCCUAUAAGAAGGUCAGUGAAGGACCGCCACUAAGGCUUUGGAGGUCGACCAUCGAGGUCCCUGCUGCCCCCGAGGAGAUCUUAAAGCGACUUCUGAAAGAGCAGCACCUCUGGGAUGUGGACCUCCUGGACUCGAAGGUGAUCGAAAUCCUGGACAGCCAGACUGAAAUCUACCAGUACGUCCAAAACAGCAUGGCGCCGCACCCUGCUCGGGACUACGUCGUCUUGAGGACCUGGAGGACUAAUUUACCCCGGGGAGCUUGUGCCCUCUUACUCACCUCUGUGGACCAUGACCGGGCACCCGUGGUGGGGGUGAGGGUUAAUGUGCUCCUGUCCAGAUAUUUGAUUGAACCCUGCGGGUCAGGAAAAUCCAAACUCACCUACAUGUGCAGAGCUGAUUUACGGGGCCACAUGCCGGAGUGGUACACAAAGUCUUUUGGACAUUUGUGCGCAGCUGAAGUGGUAAAGAUCCGAGACUCCUUCAGUAAUCAGAACACUGAGCCCAAGGAUACCAAAUCUAGGUGAUCACGGAGGCGCCAAGCAUCUGCGUCUCCCACCUGGGUGAUUGUUUCUAGAGCCUGACCAGCCCUUGGAAGAGUUCAUCUGGGUCUCAUUGACUGAAGCAAUUUUGACCAGUUGUUUUUAAAGCUGCUUCCUGUUCGUCUUAGGUCUAUGUCGUAGACCUUGACUGGAUUAUAUAAGACUUGGGGCGGGGUGGGGAGGGGAGAUAACGUGUAUUGUUCACAUUGCUUCUGAGAAGCAAGAGCUCUUUUCGGCGCCUAACGGAAGAUAGCCAGGAGACGUCACUGUCUGGUGACGUCAGCGCGUGUGUACCUACGUCAUUCGUUUUGCGGUGUGUUGAGGGACUGAUGUAGCCACUGGAAUAGUUGGUACUCGUUGACAGGUGUCCCCC